CCAGGAAGGGACGGCAGAGACGGAAGAGAGGGUCCUCCGGGACCUCGAGGAGUCUCGGGACCAAAAGGUGUGAUCUAUUGUUGUAUAGAGCUACCCGAGGUCUGGAAAUUCCGAUGCCGUCAGACUUAAAUAUUGGACAAUUAAAAAUCUCGAGAAGCCAGGGGGAGUUGGGGAGACCAAAAUUGUCUGGCGGCCUUUUCCCCAGUUCAAGCUAGAAGUCAACGAUAUUUUCAGUAUCCUCAAAAUUUAACUUUGCAGACAUUUCAAUUUCGUUUGACUAAGGACUUUUGUCUCUACUAAAUUUAGGUUAAAUUCUAGUCAGACGGGUGAUUCGCUUUGGCUCCUGCUAGCAACGAUGUGAUAUGAAAAAAAUCCCUCAAGUAUUAUACUUCGUGUUCCUUAGGACCAGUUGGUGACACUGGAAGUGUUGUGUUGGCCCUCGGGGUCCUCGCGGACCGAAAGGAGAGAAGGGAAAGGGUCUGUCUGGCGUGAAACACGUUCGCUGGGGAAAAACCAACUGCUCUGGAGAUGCUUCGUUGGUGUACAGUGGUAAGGGUUCACGAUUACACACCGUAUCUAUUGUUUUAAUCUCUUGUUCUAAUCUAAUUGACUAAAUUAUUUAUUCGAACAUACCUAGGUUACCAUUAAUUUUACCCUUACAUGAAGUUGAAAAUAUCACAAACAAACCAAACCUGAGCUGCCACAACUAGCCGUCAGCAAGUUUUUCCGUAAUGGUGAACUACUGUUGGGUAAUUAGGACUUGUAUUUAAUAAUUUGACACAGUCAGAAUUUAUAACAGAUUCUGAUAAAGAGUCAGUUGAUACUUUCCUCCACUUUAUAGUCAGUAAUCAGCGCCGUGGCUCGAGUGCAGCCAACGAUAAAUCAGUAAAUCAGUAAUCGUGAAAAGUACUAUAAUUGCUGCUCUUUCAAGAGGGAGUUUAUGCAACAACGACGGUGACGUCAGCGAGAACGGCAAAAAAAAAAGGUUUAUAUUAACAAAACAACAACUCUCACGUGCAUCACGCUAGUUGUACAUUUCUCUUUCGCUCUUACAUAUCAAAUUCCCACGUGAAGAGUUUUUGUAGCAGAGUUAGCUGUUAUUGUCUUGACCAGCUUUUUGUCUAAUUUCUAAUUUCAACUUUGGAUCUACGGCAGGAGAGUUUUACACUCACAAUGGAGACGCAGCGAACUACCUUUGCCUUCCAAAGACCCCAAAGUACGAUCAGUACAAGGACGGCGUUCAGUACGGAGGAUUGGUAUAUGGCACUGAGUACCAACUGUCGUUUAAUCCUUUUGACAAAAAUCUCCAAGACCACAAUGCGCCUUGUGCGGUCUCCUAUGUCGACUCACGUGGCGCAAUGCUGAUGAUGCCCGCUCGGAAUGACUGUCCUUCUGGAUGGACCGAGGAGUAUCAUGGGUAUCUGAUGACUUCUCACUACACCCACAAAAACCAAAAAGAAUUCAUCUGUGUUGAUAGAAAUCCGGAGUUCAUCCCUGACACCCAGGCAAACACGAAUGGCGCCUUGAUGUACUAUGUCGAAUGCACAUGUGGAGGAAAUUUGCCGUGCGGUCCAUAUGUUUCAGGUCGAGAGUUGACUUGCGCUGUUUGCACCAAGUGA